AUGACCCAAAGCGCUCCGUCGCCUCUACACCACCCGCAGCGACUCUCGAAUACACAGCAGCAUCGGUUCACCGCCACGCCCGCCUCGACCGACAUGGCGCCGCGCAUAACAAGUCCUCAGCAAAGGAAUGCGCCGAGCACUCCGAGCCCGAACUACUUUGCCUUCCAGGCCGAAGACAAUUCGUAUCUUACUGCAUCGAAAAACCUCUUCUCGCCGCCUUCGUCUAGCAUAAGGAGCACCGCAGGCCUGUCACCGGCUGUCGUGCCACUCGAUCAAGAUGAACAGUACGCCUCAUUCAAGAAAUCAGCAGAAAGCACCUCUGGUUUUACACUCUCUGGCCUGGGCACUGCAAGACCGGCUCUUGUCUCGCGUCCGAGCGUCAACAGCAAAGCGUGGGCACCGGCCCCAGCAAAGUCGUCCCCGCAGCACAGCGACCCAAAAGACAUAUCAGCCCAACAGCCUUCACACCGCUCAGUCUUGGACCAGUCUACCAUAUUGUCUCGCUCACCCAAGCGGUCACACUCACCCGGCUCGCAGAACAUCAGCAAGAGACGCGCGUCGCCUCCGACCUUCGAUGACUUUCAAAAGGACAUGUCCAAUGGCAAACUAGAUUCGCCCAAAUCUGAUGACGGCCAAAGUUUCCGCUUACAGCUUCCGCUGGACAACUUGGCAGCGUCCUAUCAGGCUCAGAAGAACCGCUCCGAGACGCUCCCGGUCACGACGGAUACUGACGCGACCGUUUUCGCCACUCCGCAGCAUGUCGUGAACUUGCUCAACACGAGAAACGAAGACAUUCUCCUUCUAGACCUGCGCGUCCAAACACAAUACGCCAACUCUCACAUCAAUUCUGCGCUCAGUCUGUGCAUACCCACGACAUUAUUGAAAAGACCUUCUUUCAAUGUACAGAAACUUGCAGACACUUUCAAAGACGAGGAACAACGCGCGAAAUUUGAGAACUGGAGAAAGAGCAGCUAUAUCGUUGUCUACGAUGGCAGCUCCGCCGUAACGAAGGACGCCACCAUAUGUCUCAACACCAUCAAGAAAUUCCGCGGCGAAGGUUACAAUGGAACCCUCUACAUCAUCAAAGGUGGCUUCCAUGAAUUCUCCAAACGCUUCCCUCAAUAUGUCGACAGUGGCCUCCAGAGUCAGUCCAAUGGCUCGCAGGGCGUUGAUGGCGAUGGUCCAGAGGUGGCUCCGGUUGUCGGUGGCUGUCCUAUGCCAUCGACUGACAAGCCAGCGAAUCCGUUCUUUGGCAACAUCAGACAAAACAUGGAUCUGAUAGGGGGGGUUGGACAGAUAGAACUGAAACACCCCUCACAAGAGACGAGUUCUGCAGAAGAGGAGUAUCCAGAGUGGAUCAAAACCGCCGCCCAGAAGAAUGACAAAGGCAAGCGUGUGGCUAAUCGUUUUGAGCAGAUUGAGCGCAGGGAAAAGAAGCGGAUGGAAGACGCGCUCUCUGGCAAGGUGUCUUUCGGUACGCCGACAAAUGUCGACGCUUCAGGCGCGGUUCAAAUUGCUGGACUGGAGAAGGGCAACAAGAAUCGUUACAACAAUAUUUGGCCAUUUGAACACUCGCGAGUACGCCUUCAAGGGGUUCCGAAUCAUGGUUGCGACUACUUCAAUGCAAGUCACAUCAAAGCGGCUUGGAGCAACAAGAGGUAUAUUUCAACGCAAGCACCGAUUCCUGCUACGUUCAACGAUUUUUGGAACGUAGUUUGGCAGCAAGACGUGCGUGUCGUGGUCAUGCUCACUGCCGAGAAAGAAGGCGCCCAAGUCAAGGCGCAUAACUACUGGGACCAGAGGCAAUACGGAUCAAUACACCUUGACUUCCUGUCUGAAAAGCGAGCAUCGCUGGAACCGUCCAGGAUACACAAAGCACAUCAGAAAAGACCGUCCACUGUGAAACGUAAUUCGACGAAGUCACAAAAUCCCGGUGUACCGCUCGCCACAAUCGACAACAAGGAAGUAAAGAACGCAGGUGGAGAACAGCCAUACGUGAUCGUGAGGAAAUUUACGAUCAGCCAUGACCGCUAUCCGUUUGAACCAAUGCGUGAGAUCACCCAACUCCAGUACUCCUCGUGGCCCGAUUUUGGAGCUCCUGCACAUCCGGCGCAUCUACUGGGCUUGGUUGAACAGACGAAUGCCGUCGUCCGUGCGACGAAUAAGGUACGGGCUAGUCAGCCUGAAGAUAGUGAUCGGCCGAUUCUAGUGCACUGCUCAGCUGGCUGCGGCAGGACAGGCACAUUCUGUACUGUCGACAGUGUGAUUGACAUGCUGAAGCGUCAGCGCAUCAGCAGCAACUCGAGGGAGCAUACGCCGAUGGAGGUCGACUCAACAACAUCAGCGAAGAAGCAGACUGAGCGGAAUGGCGAUAGUAAAGGCGAUUUCUUUGCUUCGCAGUAUCAGCCAACCACUAAGGAUCUCGAUGACUCCUGGCUGUCGCGUGAUGAUGUCGACCUGGUCGAGAGGACGGUCGAAGAUUUCCGUCACCAGAGACUCAGCAUGGUGCAAACCUUGCGACAAUAUGUAUUGUGCUACGAGAGUGUCAUGGAAUGGAUCGUGGACCAACGACAGUUGGCAAAGGAGCAGGAGUAA